AUGCUGUUCCUGCUGCUGCCCGCGGUGCUGUAUCUGGUCUUCCUGUGGCUCAGGGAGCAGGAUCUCAACGCCAAGUGGCAGCCCGAUCGCGAGUCGCUGCUGUUCAACAGAAAGCCGUUGCCGGCGCCCCUGGAGAGGACGUGGAUCUCGAGCUACAAGCUGCCGCUGCGGACGGAAGGGCGGAGCAUUGUUGACACGGACGGCCGUCGAUUCAAGCUGUCGUCCAUCAACUGGUACGGCGCCAGCGACGAGCUGUUUGUCCCCGGCGGAUUGGACGUCCAGCACCGCAGCGUCAUUGCCGAGACGAUCAAAAAGAUGGGCUUCAACAGCGUCCGACUGCCGUACGCGGACGAGCUGGUCAUGAAGAAUCCCGUCAUUGAGCCGGGGCUGGUGCUUGCGAACCCGGAUCUGCAGGGCCUCCGCGCCAUGGACAUCCUGGAAGCGGUGACGACGGCCCUGACGGAUGCUGGCAUUGCCGUCAUCAUCAACAACCACAUCACCCGCGCGACGUGGUGCUGCGGCGCAGACCCGUGCGAUGCCGGCUGGGCAAACGAUCACCUGGGCCCGCUGUGCGCUGUCAAGCAGACGGAGGAGGAAUGGAUCCAGCACUGGGAGGAGGUCAUGGGGCGGUUCGUCCACAACCCGCUCGUCAUCGGAGCCGAUCUCCGCAACGAGGUCCGAGGUCUCUGGGGGACCAUGCCCUGGUCGAAAUGGGCCGCCGCUGCCGAGAACUGCGGCAACCGGCUGCUCAAGAUGAAGUCGGACUGGCUCAUCAUCGUCGAGGGUACCGAAUCGGCCAACGACGUCUCCGGCGCUCUCGACCGGCCGGUGCGGCUGGACGUGGAGAACAGGGUCGUCUACUCUGCGCACGGCUACAAGUGGUCCGGCUGGGGCAGCUGGCAGGGCCGCUUCGCUCAGCGGAGCUACAAGUCCUUUGUCAAGACGAUGCGGCGCAACUGGGCGUAUCUGCUCGAGGUGGACAUUGCGCCGGUGUGGUUCGGCGAGCUGGGGGCGCCGAGCAACCCUUCUGUGGGCGACGUGCACUACUGGAGCAACCUGAUGCGCUAUCUCAAGUCGAUUGACGCGGAUUUGGGAUACUGGGCGCUGAAUCCGAGGAAGCCCAAGGGCAAUGAGAAGGAGACUUAUUCGCUGGUGGAGGAUGACUGGGUGACGCCGGUGCUGGACUAUCGGAUGAAGGACUUGCAGGAGCUGAUACGGCAAUGA